GUAGCCCCAACCCCUCGUGGUCAACCGUCUUCCCCAAGGAACGCAAUCUCGCAUAUAUAAGAGUUCUCGCCUGGUCCGGCUGAUACUUCAAUUCUUCCUCCAUCUCCCCACUACAACUUCCUCAAAACCCCCCUCUACAAUAAAAUUAAAACCACAUACCGUCGCCAUGGCUCCCAAGAUCGCUAUCGUUUACUACUCCAUGUACGGCCACAUCGCCCACCUGGCCGAGGCCGAGAAGAAGGGUAUUGAAUCUGCUGGCGGCCAGGCCGACAUCUACCAGAUUGCUGAGACUCUGCCUAAGGAGGUCCUGGACAAGAUGCACGCUCCUGAGAAGAAGGAUCACCCCAUCGCCGACCAGGAAACUCUCCUGAAAUACGACGCUGUGCUCUUUGGUAUCCCUACUCGCUAUGGUAACUUCCCUGCCCAGUGGAAGGCUUUCUGGGACCGCACUGGCGGCAUCUGGGCCACCGGUGGCUACUGGGGCAAGUAUGCUGGCCUGUUCGUCUCCACUGGUACCCUCGGUGGUGGCCAGGAAUCCACCGCCAUUGCUGCCAUGAGCACUCUUUCUCACCACGGCUUCAUCUACGUUCCUCUCGGCUACAAGACCAUGUUUGCCCAGUUGGCCAACCUGAGUGAGGUCCACGGUGGUAGCGCCUGGGGUGCCGGUACUUUCGCUGGCGCGGACGGUUCCCGCCAGCCCAGUGCUCUCGAACUCGAGAUCGCCGAGGGCCAGGGUAAGGCUUUCUACGAGCACGUUGCCCGUGUAAGCUUCGCGUGACUGCAUGGCAGCGAAGAGACCAAGCCCGGGUCGCAGCCUGCCUCUGCAUCACAACAACCACAGCAACAACAAAAAGAACAAACUACAAAGACAGAAGCUUCCAACGCUGCGCAGAAUGGCCAGCAGAACGCACAGGGUACACAAGGGCCAAAGAAGGAGAAGGGCGAGGGACCUUGUGGUCUUCCUAAGUGUGUCAUUUCUUAAUCGGCUCCAUUGUAUACCCACUUGAUCUUUGUGCUUUGUUCGUUUUGUUGUUUGUUCCAACGAUACCUGACUUGAGGUCUGAAAAUCAUACAUACCUACACAUAGUAAUAAAAUACUUCAUGAAUAUUUCAAUAACGAAUGGUGUAUUGUAGCUCAGUAGUAAAAUAGAGGUGGUAAGAAACUCAAAGUAGAUUUCUAUUCUGUUCAUAAUCCGCUUCUGAGAAAUCUCCGAAAAUAAAUAUUCUGUAGAUCUCUAACCCAAUUAGAAUGAAG